CGCAGCAGAGCGAGCACAGGGCAAAGAGGGAAUAGGGAGGAGUUGUGGAGGAGAAAAAGAGAUUUUGGGGGGUGUUUGUGUCUUUUCUCUCGCACACGCUUCACUCUUCAACACCAGCUGCUCGCCACGUUUCACCAUGACCCACCCCUCUGCCUCCUCCGUUGGACUCAUCUUCCUUCUGCUUGGCUACUCUGCUGCAGGACCUGAACCUGGGCUGCUACCUCGAGCGGUGCGUUCAAGUGCCUGUCAAGAGCACACAAACCUACACAACCGCCUGGAUGUGGUGGAGAAGAAAGUGGAGGACACAGUUGAGAAGUUGGAGGUUGAGCUUGCUGCUCUUCUGGAUGCCAUUGAAGCCCCAAAGUGGAGCCCACUGUUGGACAAUACAGGCAAGACAGCAGUGGAUAUAAUGGAAGACCCAGGAUGGAGGUCUUAAAGGGGAACUACGCCAACUUUCAAUUAUCAUACAUGUAUUUUCUAUGGAUGACAGUCCAAAAAUAAAAUAAC